AUGUUGGCACGCUCAGCCAAAACCUGCGCAUCUGCUAUUACUCUUUUACUGAAUUCUGUUCGAAACUUUCGUAUUGGCCAGCAUCCCUAUCACAGUCAACGAACCGUCCAGACUGCGUUCGACUCAACGACUACAACCCCACGUGCAUUAUCUUUCCAAGAAGAGUUGUUUAGAGCUGUCGAUAAUUGGCUUCUAGACGCGUCGCUAUUCGGAAGAUUACGUGUUACGAAGCGACCUGUUCCUUCGUGCCGACGUUUCGUGGCUGCGACGAGGACUCUUCGCAGCGCCGGUGCAAUCAUUGGCGAGCAACAACCCUUGUUAGUUCGGCUAUCUAGGAACUUGCCAGCAACUUCACUGGACCACACAAUGACUGAAGAAGGCGUCUUUUUUCACCGCUUGCGGACGUGGCGACACAAUCCGUGUUUGAUGCGUCCCGUCGCUGCCGUGGUGCUGUUGACCAUGUGCUUGGUGGGGGGCGUGGGAAUCUUGUUGGCGUUUCCAGGCGUAAUUCUUGGCAUUUUGGUCGCCCCGGUAGCCGCACGAAUGGUCUACGCCGUUGAAUUUCUGUAUCCCACCGGAUUAGGCCGGUGGGCGCACUUUUUCAUCAUCCGGCUGGCCCAAAAAGCUCGCAGUCCCAAGACCGACGACAAGAAUGGCGGGUUCCACUCCCGUGCGAUGGAGACGCGCGUGGAAGUGGUACCGGAACGGGUAUACAUUCAUCCACUGCCGCAGCUUUUGGACAAUUUGGGUCAUCUCGUCCUCUGCGUACCUCCCCGGACCAUUGUGGCGUUCGUGGUCGACUGUGGAGAUGCUGUGGCUGUCGUGCGGCAGCUGGAAAUUAUCAGUGACAUCCAUUACAAUAAACAGCCCAUUCAGGUGCAAUCCAUUGUGUCGACGCACAAACAUUGGGAUCAUACCGGAGGUAAUGAGGAUCUUGCACAACACGCGGUGGUUGGGGAACAUCUGAACCUCAUUAUUGGAGGUGCCGUGGAAGGCGUGCCUGGCUGCAAUUUUCCAGUGGCGGAUGGAGAAUUCUUGCCAUUGCCCCGGCACGGACUCAACGAUAUGCAAGAUCUUGUAAGCGUGGAAGCAGUCGCGACACCGGCACACACCAGAGGCUCCAUGACGUACUUGUUGCGUACCAGAGAAGGCAGUAAUGCUGGCGUUUACAUGUUUACGGGUGACACAAUGUUCAGCGCUGGUAGUGGUGUGCCGUUUGAAGCAGAUGUAGAUAAACACCAGGAAGAAACUGCUACGAAGCAUGGAUAUUCGGCUAUCAAAGCCAGCGCUGCUGGUUACGCCGUGGAGCGAUGUUUCGCGGAAUUGUUGGCACGAUGUGGCUACAAUGGUGAUCGCUCCAACUCGCUUAGUAGCGACAAAGUUAUGCUGUUUUCGGGGCACGAGUAUACGGCGGAAUUACUGAUACGACAAUUAUCGCAAAGCGUGGGUGAUUCUUGCAACUGGAAACUCUUUUCUCCUGACUAUUUCUUUGAAACCGUUUCUCAACUCUACGUCGCCAUGCACCGACGAUCUCUACCGCACAGCAGUGGUAAGCUCUUAUGCGUUCCAUCUUCGCUGCAACGAGAACUCUACAUCAAUCCGCAAUUCCGUAGUCUGCGAAAAAGGGGAGAAAUACUAUCGGGAGCUAUUCGACACUGGAAUGAUCACUUUGCGAUGGUCAAAAUUGCUGAAGACUAUGGAUUGUUUGAAAAUCCACACAGCAACGGAACGGCAAACGCAAGAUCGAAGGAUGGACCGCCGUUAUCGUCGACAACAAGGCAGUGGAAUUUAGCGGCCCAAAACAUCAAUCGCCAAGUCUUUACAACCGUCUACGCUGACGAUUUCAACGAUGUUAUCGAAAGGUUGGAGUCCGGCAGAAUGUCAGCAGCACAAGCUAGCCAUGUGCUGAAAAGGAUGAAAACGAAACUCGGAACGCCCUCCGUAAAUCGACGACCAAUUCCCAAUACGCUACCGUCGAACCGUAGUGUCUUUAAGGGACUUGUUGGCUUUGUCUUGUUGGGAUCGCGUCCCGCUGCGUUGACUUUGGCCGAUGCGCGUGUUCUCAAAUUACCUCCACCUACCCGGGCUACGAACAACAGGAUACGAAUCAGCAAAAUACGAUUGAUUACGGUGUUGACUUGGCUUGGAUUGAUUGAAGACAAUCAGGAGGGGCGGCGCCUCCACGCAAUGAUUGCACAAAUAUGGAGAGAAGCGUUGGAAUUCCAAGGCCGUGUUCUUGGUGAUCUAAAGCUGACCGUCGAAGAUUCGAGCUACAAUACUGUCGAUGUCGAGGGGACAUCGGCGGAUGAUGAGGUAGAAUUGGGUGCGUUGAAGUGGGUUGUUUAUGGCUUACCCUGGUACGGGCCAAAAGGAAACUGGUGCAGGCCAUGCGCCCAACCAGCAAUACACUACGAUCCACUGCAUCCAGUGGGUCGCUCGAACUUACCGCAGCAUGCCGGAGAAAUGAUUCGUCAUGAUGUUUUCUCAUGCUAUCUGUGUCGCAACGCUACUGGCUGCCCCCUGACUGAUGGCUCGUAUUCCAACACACAAACCGGAGAAUCGAUGCGGGUGCAUCCAUCUAUGAAUACAAUCAACUCAACAACCUGCGACGAAGAGGGAGAAGCGGCGUGUAUUGAAGUAGAGAUGGCUGCGAGUAUUCUCAAGGAAGCGUGA